AUGGCCUCCGAACAACCUUAUGAUCCCUAUAUCCCCGCCGGGGGCAGUGGCGCACCAGCCGCAUCUGGUCAGAAUGGCAACCAGCGCACUGCUGCUUUGCAAGCCCAAAUCGAUGACACCGUCGGCGUAAUGCGUGAGAACAUCAACAAGGUCUCCCAGCGUGGUGAGCGCCUGGACUCUUUGCAGGAUAAGACAGACAACCUGGCCGUAUCAGCCCAGGGGUUCCGCCGAGGCGCCAAUCGCGUGCGGAAAGACAUGUGGUGGAAGGAUAUGAAGAUGCGCGUGUGCCUCGUGAUCUGUAUCAUCUGCUUGCUGGUGGUUAUCAUCGUCCCUGUCGUGGUGACCAAAACUUAA